AAACUUGCUGGCUGUUUCUAAGCAAAGACAUCGUGUUUAUUGUCGUAUUAUAUUUAUUAUUAUUAUUAUUAAUUAUGUAAAUAAAAUCCAAUUUUCGACUGGAUUUUGGCUCUGCGCUUUGCAGCAAAGAUGUCUAAAAUUGUAGUCAAUUUCCUGGCAGAAAAAAAAAAUUUGCCCGUUCCUCUGUCUCUCAGUGUCAUUUGUCAGCCAUUGUUUUUAUUUUGGGGAAUCGAGAAUUUCAUUUAACUAUUGUAAACUGUAAAUAUUAGCUAUAAAAAUAAACAUAAACUCAAAGUUCCACUAUAUAAAAUAAAUCUCCCAUAAACAUUAUGACUGCAACAAAAAUCAGUUAACAUGGAAUGUACUUGGCUUAAAACAUCUCCAAGCUUAAAGAAGGGAAUUGAAGUUAUAAAUCAGCUGGAUGAAAGCAGAUUUGAACAGUUUCUCAGAAGGAUUGUUGUAAAAUUAAAACUUCAAGAUUCAGACAUUUUUACAGAAGAAGAAAGAAGUAAAUUAGAAAAAAUAUUUCAAAUAAAUGAAGAACAAUUGCUUUUAGCAAUAAAAUCAAUUCUGUAUUUAUUUAAAAGGCUACUAAAGUUUAUAUUUAUGCCAAUUAAUUUAAAAAAUGAUCUGCUAAGUAUUGGAUUUAAUAAUGAAAAGACAUCAUUCCUUAUCAAAGUAUGGUCAACAGAAACUAGCAUGGUGCUUAACGAUAUGACCUCAAGUUCGAACGAAAAAUACGAAGAUGACCCUGUUCUUCAUUGGAAACUAAAUGCAGAACUAAGUUCGGAAUAUCAAAAAAAAUGUAAAGUACCUAAAGCUUAUAUUUCAUUUUUAGGUAAAAAUGAUCAAACUGAAAUAGAAGUGACUCAUCAAGAUCUCAAUUCAAUGUUUUUGCAAAUUGAAGCAAUACAAAGUGAAUUAGAUAAUUUGUUUUAGUCUCUUGUUCUCUGUAAUAGAAAUGUGCCUUCUCCAUUGAAUAUUUAAAAUAUAUAAUUUACUUGAAAAA